UUGACACAACUCCAGACGCACUCCAGCAGGGAGUUCAACAGUCAUCCUCUGGGUGGAGGUAUUACCAGGUUCUAAAGCUGUGGCGGGGAAGCAAACGACCAACGGCGCUAAGUUCAAAGCUGCCAGAGAUCUCGCUCCGAGUCAAGUCAGGGAGAAGAAAUGCCCAAGAGCAAACGUUCCUUCUCUCCCCCGGGUGCAAUAAAAGGAGCGUGCCGAGGAUCCACGCUGGCUCGGGCUUGGAGCGAGCGCUCGGUGCCCGCCUCCCAUCUCAGAGGAAACUCGCUCCCCUCGGCGAGAAUGGGCACAAGGGAUCCCCGAACUUCAGGGACCCCACUGGGGGUAACUUCUCUCCCUUCAUCAUAUACGAUCAGAUGAGAGGAGAGGGGCGCUCUUCCGACGUCCCCCCGGCGGGCGCGCGCGGCAGCUGAGGCCCGGUGGAGGCGGGGUCGGCCGGCGGCCCCGCCGCCGGAGCCCCGUGCGCUGCCCGGUCCUCCCCCUCCUUCUCCGCGCCGUCACUGGCUGCAUCCCCGCGGCCCCGGCACAAUAGAGGCUCCGCCCCUCCCUCCGCCCGAGCGCUCCGCGGCUCUCUCUCCCAGCAGCUCUCGCCGCCGCCGCCGCCGCCACAGCCCGCCCCGCGCCGGGUGCCCGUGCGCCCCGAGGCUCCCCGCCGCCCGGCCUGGCGCGCCCCGCCCGCAUCUGACCGGACCCUUUCCUCCCACCUGAGCCCUUCUGCAGAGGACGGCGCGCUAGGCUAGCCAGUGCCACCUCCACCUUCCCCGUCACCUCCUCCUGCCCUGCGCCCCUCUCUCCACAGGGGCCGCACAGUCGAGGGCUGCUCGCGCCUGGAAGGAGAUGACCAGGGUCUCUGGGGCGCACCCGCCUGCCCCGCUCAGCCGCACCCAGCUUUAGAAGGCGCUCUGAGCAGCCACCCGCGGGCUCCAGCCAACACACCCUCUCGCUUCAGUCCUUGCCCGGACCCCCGACCCCAGCCUUUCUCCGAAGGGGCCGAGCCCCUUCUUGUCGCGUCCCUCAUGGCCAAGUCUCUGCUGCUAGUUCUCUGCUUAGCUCUGGUGGUGGCUCCGGACUGGGGGUCCAGCACUCCCCACCCAGGAACCAGCGAGCCCCCAGACGUGAAGACGGCGGCGCCCGCGGGGGAUGAGACUCUGCAAAACGAAGCGGACAACCAGGAGAACGUUUUAUCUCAGUUGCUGGGAGACUAUGACAAGGUCAAGGCUGUGUCUGAGGGCUCAGACUGUCAGUGCAAGUGUGUAGUGAGACCCCUGGGCCGAGACGCCUGCCAGAGGAUCAACCAGGGGACCUCCAGGAAAGAAGACUUCUACACCGUAGAAACCGUCACCUCAGGCUCGUCCUGCAAGUGUGCCUGUGUUGCACCACCAUCGGCCCUCAAUCCCUGUGAGGGAGACUUCAGGCUCCAGAAGCUACGGGAGGCAGAUGGCCGGGACUUGAAGCUUGCCACCAUCAUAGACAUGCUGGAAGGAGCUUUCUAUGGCCUUGAUCUCCUGAAGCUGCAUUCGGUCACCACCAAACUGGUGGGGCGAGUGGAUAAACUGGAAGAGGAAGUUUCUAAAAACCUCACCAAGGAAAACGAGCACGUCAAAGAGGACGUGGAAGAAAUUCGAACUGAGAUGAACAAACAAGGCAAAGAGAACUGCUCCAAUAACAUCCUAGACAGCAUGCCAGACAUCCACUCGGCCCUGCAGAGGGACGCAGCGGCAGCCUACACCCACCCAGAGUAUGAGGAGCGGUUUCUGCAGGAAGAGACCGUGUCCCAGCAGAUCAACUCCAUCGAGCUCCUGCACACACGGCCCCUGGCUCCGCCCGAGGUGGUGAAGCCACGGCGGCCCCUGCAGAGGCAGAUCCACCUGAGGGGCCGGCCGGCCUCCAAGCCCACGGUCAUUCGGGGCAUCACCUACUACAAAGCCAAGGACCCUGAGGAGGAGAACGACAUCGGGGAGCAGCAAGACGAGUUUUUCAGCGGUGACAACGGACUGGAUUUGCUGAUUGAAGAUCAGCUUCUGAGACACAACGACCUGCCAACUAGUGCCAGCCGGAGGCCAGCAGCCACCCGUCACGGUGCUGCUGUGACGACUGAUGCUGGCACUCAGACCGCAGCCCUGUCCUCAACACAGCCACAGGCCCCGACCUCAGCUCCCGGCAUCCCCGACCCUACACUCUCUGCCUCAGUUGAACAAUUUUCAACACCACUCCAGACCACCUCAGUGUUGCCAGAUCCCACAGGGGAGGCAGUCCCUGAACCUUCUACUCAGAUACCAGCCACCACUGUGGCCCGCACAGCCACCCCACAACCUCUGGCCUCAGCUUCUCCAUCAGCGGCUCCUGGGGACGUAUCUGUGGAGGCUACGCAUGUGGCCCCAGUGCCUCCCACCACAGUCAGGAUGGACUCGCUGGGGAAAGAUGCUACUGCUGGGCAGGGCACAGCCCCCGCCAGCCCCACCCUGAGCCCUGAAGAAGAAGAUGACAUCCGGAAUGUCAUAGGAAGGUGCAAGGACACCCUCUCCACAAUCACGGGGCCGACCACCCAGAACACAUAUGGGCGGAACGAAGGGGCCUGGAUGAAGGACCCCCUAGCCAAGGAUGAGCGGAUUUAUGUAACCAAUUAUUACUAUGGCAACACCCUGGUAGAGUUCCGGAACCUGGAUAACUUCAAACAAGGUCGCUGGAGCAAUUCCUACAAGCUCCCCUACAGCUGGAUCGGCACGGGCCACGUGGUGUACAAUGGCGCCUUCUACUACAACCGGGCCUUCACCCGCAACAUCAUCAAGUAUGACCUGAAGCAGCGCUAUGUGGCAGCCUGGGCCAUGCUCCAUGACGUGGCCUACGAGGAGGCCACACCCUGGCGGUGGCAGGGCCACUCGGACGUGGACUUUGCUGUGGAUGAGAACGGCCUGUGGCUCAUCUACCCGGCCCUGGAUGACGAGGGCUUUAGCCCGGAGGUCAUCGUACUGAGCAAGCUCAACGCCGUUGACCUGAGCACGCAGAAGGAGACCACGUGGCGCACGGGGCUCCGGCGGAACUUCUACGGCAACUGCUUCGUCAUCUGCGGCGUGCUGUACGCCGUGGACAGCUACAACCAGCGCAACGCCAACAUCUCCUAUGCCUUCGACACCCACACCAACACACAGAUCGUCCCCAGGCUGCUGUUUGAAAACGAGUAUUCCUACACCACCCAGAUAGACUACAACCCCAAGGACCGCCUGCUCUAUGCCUGGGACAAUGGCCACCAGGUCACCUACCAUGUCAUCUUUGCCUACUGACACCCCUGUCCCCUCAAGCAGAAGUGCAGAGGGGUUACUGGCACCUUGUGUGUGUGUGUGAGUGUGUGGGUGUUUUUGUGUGUAGAUGGGUAUGUAUUGUUUAAAAAUAUAUAUAUUAUUUUGUAUAAUAUUGCAAAUGUAAAAUGACAAUUUGGGUCUAUUUUUUUUUUAUGUGGAUUGUAGAUCAAUCCAUAUGUGUAUGUGCUGGUCUCAUCCUCCACAGUUUAUAUUUUUGUGCAAAUGAACUUCUCCUUUUGACCAGUAACCACCUUCCUUCAAACCUUCAACCCCUCCAGCUCCCAGAUCUCGACCACUGAGUUUUCAUCAUCUGGGUCUUGCAGGCAGAUGGCACAGGAGCAGGAGUGAAGGAGGCAAGAAAGAAGUGCUAAGGGGCGGGAAAAAAAUUUAUGUAUUGGAGAAGUUUUAAAAACCCAGAAAAAUGCUUUUUUUUUAAUAAAGAAGAAACUUAAAAUCA